AGUCCAAUAAUCUCCAUUGAAAAGGAAAUGGUGGAUAGCAGAGAGGUUUUUCUUAAUGAUGUUCGUUUUAAUUCAGAAAUGAAAGAGAACUCCACAACCUUAUUGAAGGACGUAGAACGUGAGAAGUUUCAACGUAACUUUACGGGAAGUGAAAUUGCCAGGGGAGAGGUGAAAAGACCCUCUCUGGCUUUGCAUGAAGGAACAGAUAAACAAUCUUGUCAGAAGAAUUUGCAUGAUCAGUUUUGUCAAAGUCCCCCGAGUAAAACACCAUACAAUGUGUUGCAUGAUGACAAUGUUGAUUCUCAAAUGGAGGAAAAUGUGCCGUCUCCCAGUCCCCAUCGUUUAUCCAUUGGAGAUGUAAUCUCUGACCGGCAAACAGAAGCUGAUGCUGGGAUGGUUGAGAAAACUGCUAGAACUCAUAGGAGUCCAAAUCUCGGAAGAGGUUAUGUAGGCCCUGAACUCUCAAGUGACAAUAGGAUAUCGACGAUUAGGCACAAUCUUAAACAUCCAACUGAGAUAAAUGCAAUACUCUCUAAAGAAAUGAGGGAACUUCUAUCUCAAUCAGUUGAUAAGUUUAGUUUGCAUUCGAUUGAUCGUUUGACAGGCAUUGUUGAGCAGCUUCUGAGGUCAAAAACAUAUCAGCUUUUCUCUGAAGAAAUCCAGUCUCAGAAGAGUGUAGAUGCCAGUAAGUAUAUUCGAGAUAACAGAGCCCCAGAAAUGAAAAUGCUCUUGUGCCAAUUUGUGCAUGAGAAAGCAAAGUUGCAGCUACUGCAUGUGAAGCGGGAGAGGUUACUGAGAAGGGUGAAAUCACUUGCCUCUGGAAUAAUGGAGUCUGAAGUAUAUAGGUUAAAUGUUCCAUCACAAGAAUCUGCAGAUGUUCAUUGCGAGUCCUUGUCAGUCAAUAUGAAGGACCUUCAAGAGAGCCAAAGUGACAGUGACAACGUGACUUCAAUGGAACAGGCAAUAGAUCAUAUUGAUGGAAGAAUUGCAACGAUGACCAAAUCUUUUCACAAGUCAUGUAAAAUUAAAGGAGAACCCAGUUCCACGGGCACUAUUACAUUUGUCAAUAAUUAUCUGAUGAAGCAAGCAUGCUGCCAGAUGAUAAGGAAGGAUUUGCAGCUUUGGGCCGUGGACAAUCUUGAGAAUAAGAACGGUUGCCACAGUGUUGUUCUCAAUUACCUCAACCUGAUGACUCAAAGGCUUACAGUCAAUGCUGUUCCAGUCCCAAGCAUUUCCAUUUUGCAUACAUUAAAUAACGUAAACAUCAGCAAGACUUUUAAAGAUAUGGAUGCUUUCACUGCAUUUAGAUUUGUCUUCAGUACUGAAAUAAUGCAGAAGCAUGUUAGUGCUACAAGUUUGGCGCAAGAAACUCAAGUGACUGGCUCUUGUUUGGGCAAUUUGUUAGAUGUGGUGACCGAGAUACAACUUGCGAGAAUAGAGCUUAAAAACCUGAUUUCUACACGAUUUUGCAAACCCCUAGCUGAACAACUUGAACUGGAGCUCUGUUUCUUUGAUUCAAAACAUCACAGGAAGGCAACAGUGACUUUAGACACCUCAUGUUUGAGAAGGGGUACCUAUCCGUCGGAGAUCACUCCAUCUCAGAUUGACAUUGCAAUCGAUGAGCCACAAAGUUCUGAAUCACUCAAGAUUGAGAUAGCAGCAGCAUUGCAAGAUCUUAAAGUGGGAUAUUUAAGGAUUCAACAGCUCUGUAGGUGCAUUUCCAAGUUAAUCAGCUCUCCAAUCAGGUGGGUUGGACAAUGAACCACCAUGACACAAUGCAAUAUGCACCCCUACAGUUUACAAACCAACUAUGAGGCUAAACCAGUGGGGAUUGGUUCCAAUAGUGGUGUAAAGUGUAGAUAGUAGGAAGAAAGGAAAACCAGAGUUGGUGACCAAUUGAACAAGUGUUUAGUUGGUGUGUAGUCAACUUGACACUCACUUGAUGAUAAGCUUUUGGAAUUUUAAUGGAAAGGCAUGAAUCUUGGGGAUCAGAUUCACAUGAAACCAUCUUUUCUUUUUCUUUUU